GAUUAUUUGAUUUUUAGGUUUUAACAAAAUAAGUAGAAAUAAGUUAGAUAAACUUUUAUUCAGUAAUAGUUAGUAAUAAUUGUGAAAGCAAAACAAAGUUUUCUCUUUCCAUAACCUUUAUAUUAAAUGAUUGGUCAAGAAAUUUUAGAGAAAAAUGAUGAUCAGUCAAAGUUAGAUGAUUAGACAGUGAAAUAGUAGAAUUUUCAAAAUAUUCCAUAGCUACAUUUUGACAGAUUCUAAAAAAUAAAUGCAAGUCAGUUUUAAUAAAAUAAGACAUCUAAUUUAGAGAAGCGAAUAAGCUAAGAAGAUCUUGAAAAUCAAAAACUUAAUGAUACUUUGGGAAAUAGGAAUUCUUUAGAAAUAAACAGUGAUUUUUAAUCUCCUAAAAGUCCUCAUCUUCAUAUUAACCUAAAUAAUUUGGAUUAAAAUAGUAAUUAUGAUAGCAUAAGCUAUUAUAAUCACAGAGAAAUGAAAGUAGAAAAAAAUUCAAAUACCACAAGAAAUAAGGAACCUUCGACACCAUAACAUAGUCCUUCACACGCUUCUACUCCUUAUUCAAAAAGAAGGAACAAUGCUGUAAAUUUAGAUAACUAGCUUAAUAAUCUUAUAACUAAUUACUCAAAAAAAGUGUAUCCUUAUGAUAAAGUAAGCUAAGCCAUUUAGCAAAAAAAAAAGAGAGAUUCUUUCAGUUUAUAGCUAAAAAAUGAUAAUAAGUAAGGAGAUGAUUCUGAUACAGAAGAUAAAUAAAAAAAUAAAGAGGAAUAAUUAUCUUAAGGUGAAGGAGAGUCAGAAUAGUAAAUAAAAUCUUGUCAUGCUAUCUAAAAUGUAUCAAAUGAGCUUUCUAAUUCUGUUUAAACUUUUUAAGUAUCACAUCGCUCCUCUUUUCAUUUAAACUUACCUUAGUUUUCAACCUUCAAGCAAUCUAAUAAUAGUUAAAGCAAGCCUAGUCCUACAGGUAAAAGAAAUACUAAUAACUAAAGUCCUAAGUUAAAAACUAAAGUUAAUCAAUUUAUAAAUACUUUCAAUUUCACAAGUUCUAUGGAUGUUAAUGGAAAUAAUAUGAAUAGCUCUUCAUAUAAGCUUACCAACUUACUAAACUAGUCUUUUUAUCAAAAUACUCCAAAUAAUACCUCCAGCAUGAAGAAUUAGGUAGUUACUACAGCAGGAGUAACAAAAUUCUCUAAUAUGAUGAAAAGUUAUUCGAUUCAUUAGAAUUGGAGAACAGCUCUUAAUAUAAUAAAGGUUCACUAGUUCAAAAAAAUACUUCUAGGGUAAAUUUAAUACAAGCUUAACCACUCUUUGAAUUAGAAUUAAUUAAACUUAUUGGAUGAUAAAUCUUAUUUUGUUGAGAAGAAAUAAUACAAUUUUUUAAAAUACACAGUUUUAAGCAAAUUUUCUCUCUUUUUAUAUAAAACUAUUUAAAUUUUAAACUAAAUUGGUACUUUUAUUUCUCAAUUUGAUGCUAUCUAACCUAAUACAUUCUCACUAAUAAUCUGGAAAAGUAUUUAUAUUUUGAUUUCAUUCUGGAGCUUUUAUUAUUACUCUUUGCAAGGUGCUUUUGCUAUAAGUUUAGAAGAUAUAGCGGAUAAUUAUAUUUGGCUUUCUAUCUUCUUUUACAUCUUUAAUAUAUUUUUCGUUAUUGAUAUGGUGAUUGAUCUCAACACUGGAUACUAUUUAGAAGGUGUUGUCUAGCAUAGUAGAGUAAAUAUACUUAAGAAUAGUCUUAUGUUUGAUUUUUGGGUUCAUUCUCUCAAAAUAUUUUUAUAGUUUUACUACUUUACAGAUACUUAAUCUACAAUAACUUCUUACUUACUGUGUUUCUUGCAUUUAUAUUCAAUGAGCAAAAAUUCUAAACCUAUAGAUCAGCAUUGGUAAAUAUAGCAAAAACAUCCGAUUAUUAGAUUGGUUAUACUAUUGCUUAUUGUUAUUUUAACUGUUGCUCAUCUUUCUGGUUGCUUUUUUUAUUCUUUAUCUUAAGUCUAGUCAAAUUAUUAUAUUGCAGAUUCAAGAGGAGGAUAGCAAGAAAUGUGCAAUAAUUGGGUAAGCUGCUCUAACUUGGAUGGAUAAAAUUGGAUAAUUAAAUACAUAUUUUCUCUUUAUUUUUCUUUUAUCACUAUGAUCACUGUGGGGUAUGGGGAUAUAUUUCCUGUGUCAGUAUAUGAAAAAAUAUAUGUUAUCGGAAUGACUUGCAUAACAUGUGGUAUCUUUGGGUAUGCUAUUAAUAAAAUAAGCUCAGUGAUAAAUGAGUUAGCUUAAAAAUAAUAUUCUCAAAAACAAGAGCAAUAUGAAAUAAUUAAUUAUAUGGAUAACAGACAAAUAAGUCAGUAAACCUAAAUUAAAGUGUUGAAGUACAUUGAACAUGUAUAAGAAAAAGAGAAAGAGAAUCCUAUCAAUGGAUAACUAAUUUUGAAGAAGAUCUCAAAAACUCUUAAAAAAAAAGUCUAAGAAGAAUAUUUUGGAACUAUUUUAUAACAAUGCAAGUUGCUUACAGCCACUUUCAGCUAAAUGUUUUUGGAAGAGCUCAUGGUGUACAUGAAUGAAGCUCUCUACAGCCCUGAUGAAGUCAUUUUUAAUUCAGACGAAACAACAGAGAGUGCUCUAUACUUUUUAGUGGACGGCAACAUAGGAAAGUUUCAGCACAACAGUUCAAAUUAAACAAAAAUGAUUCAAUCUAUUUCUAAGAAGUAAUUUAUUGGUUUGACAAAUUUCAUUUCGUAGCAAAAGGAAGAAAAUACAACUUACAAAACAAUAGAAACAUCCUUAAUAGUAAGUUUGCAAUACAAAGAUUUUUUAAGUUGUCUUAAAAGCUAUCCGAACGAUUUGGAAAAGUAUCACAACAUAAAACAAUAAAUCUUAUAAAAUUCAAGUAGAUUGGAAGCAUGCUAAAGCUGUGGUUUAUUCAGUCAUUCGAUAUAACAAUGCAGUUUAAUACACUUAUCAUUAAAUAGCCAACUAAUUAAAAUGAAAUAUUAAUAUUCAUAAAGCUAGCUAAAUAGAGAUCCUUCAAAGAAAAGAAGAAGAGAACAAGGUAUAAACACAUAUUCAAUAAAUAGACAAAUAAAAAAGGAUAUCAGACUCCUUAGAUCAAAUUUGGUUCUUUAAUCAAGAGGACAUGAAGAGGUAAGUACACCUUUUGAAACAGAUGAUAUUAAUUAUGAAAGCGAUAAGAACUUUUUUAUAAGAGUGGCCUAAGUAAGAAUUUCUCAAAAUGUAAUCAAAACUAUUUAAGACUUAAAUGAUACAGGAAUCGAUUCAAGCAAUUCUAUCUCUUAUUCAAGCUCAGAUAAUAGCUAUUUAGAUGUUAACAAUAACGGUGCUGAUAGGAUUAAAGAUUAAAAUAAUUCGUUGAUUGAAGAAUUAGACGAAGAGCAUAACAAAGAUGAUAACUUCAGUCGUUCAUUGAUUUUUGUAAAAAGUUCAAAAAAAAAAAGCUUGUAGUAAAACAUUGAAUAAAAAAAGAAUUCAAUAUUGUUAGAAGAUAAUUAAUAUGGAUAAUUUAAUAAUAAUUACAGUCAGAAAAGAUAUUCGAUUUAACUAUCUCAACCAAUUUCUCUUGAAUAAAUAUAGGAUGAUCCUUAAUUUAUGAAAAAAUCUGAUAAUUUCUCUAUCACAAGUUAUUCUAAUAUAAAAAAUUACUAACCAAAAGAAUCAAACUAUGAUAAAUAAAUUAUGAUAAAAUCUUAACCAAGGCAGUCUCUUUUUGAAAAGUAAAACUAAUAAAACAGAGUUUCUUCAUUCAGUUAACUAAAUAAUAAUACUUAUAAUUAAUAUCCGUCAUACACUUAACUAGACAUGUAAAAUAAAAAACCAUUUAACUAGUUUUAAAUUCAAAAUAAUAAUUUACUUUAAAUUCCUUAAAAUCAUAUGCUGCAAAUUCCUUAACAUAAUUAAUUAUAAUCACAAUCGAAUGAUUAAUUUAGGCUCAAAUCAAAAUCUCUACAAAGAAGCAGUAUGUUGUCAUAUUAUUCCUAAUAGCAUUAUGCUUAAAAAAGUUAAAAUUAAAACUAAUCUGAUAAAUAACUAUUUAAUUAAUCAUAAUAUCAAAAUAAAUAAACCAAAUAUAAUAACUCAAAAAUAUUUGAUGAAGAUGCUUAAUAGUUUUAGUUUGAUAUAAAUUAAAACUAAAUUAAAAAGAGAAAAGAAAGCAUUUUGGUAAUAAGCUCAAAAAUAGAAAAUAUCAUUUAAACUAAUGAUUUUGAUCAAAAAACAAUACAAAAAGAAAAGAAAACUUCAAAUAAAAGUGUAAAUUUAAAUAACAGACUCAAAAAUUUAGAAACAGAAAUGAAAACCACUCUUCCAACUUAUUAAGAUGAUUUCAAUCAAUUAGAAUAAAUACAAGAGGUUCAUUAAAACAAUAAUUUUGAUAAUCAUAAAGAUUAAUCAUUUUAGACCGAGAGAGAUGAAUUAAAUUACAGUGAAAGCUAAGUAUCAAUUUAAUUAAAUCUAGCCAAAUAAGAAAGCCAAGAAUCCAAGUUAAAAUAAAUCGAUAAAGCCAACAGAGAACUUUUAAAAAAAUAGCCAGAUGAUAAAAAAAUUUAGUAAAUUUCUGAUUCAGAUGGAAAAGGUAUUUUUAAAAAAGAAAAUUCAUUGACAAAUAAAGAAAAAAAAGCUAAUUUUAUAAAUUCAUAAUUAAAAAUCAGAUAAUCGUUUAAAUUAGAGAAUGAAGCUGAGUAAUAACAGAAUCAAAAUAUUUAUUAUGGCACGGGAAGUAUUAUUUUUAAAUCCUAAAAUGAUGAAAACUUAACAAUUUAAAAAAGAGAUAGCAGCAAUUAAAACUAAUAUGCUGUGAAACCAUAUCCUUAGAAUUAAAAUAAUAAUUUAAAUUCAAUUAAUAUUUCAAAUAUACCUAAUUUGAAUAGAAACAGUUCAACAAUCAGCAAUAAUCUUUUAAAUAAUUUGCUAUCUUAAAAUAGCUAGAAUAACCCUAACUCAUAAUUUAAUAAUAACCAACUUUAUAAUAAAAAAUUAAAUUCAAUUAUUCUUGAUGAAUAACUUAAUUAAAAUAAUUAAGCAAAAAGUGGCUAAAAUUACCAAUCCUAAAAUCUAUAUCCUGAAUAUUCUUCCCUUUAGAAUAAUUAAGAGGAGCUUUUUAUUUUUGAUUUUGAAGUUGGAAAGGAAUGGGUCUAUUUUUAACCCCAUAACAAUUAGUCAAUAGUUGUUAGAGAGCACAAAAAAUAUUUAAGGUCUGUUAACUUUAAAAAUAGAAAUGGUAAAUCUAAAAUGCAAACUAUAACAAGAUAAGUUAUAAAGAAAAAAAGGAUCGUAAAAAUGUUUUAAGAUACUAAAAUUUAACAUUGA